AUGUCACACCGCCGAGGGGCAAGUACCAGCAUGGCUUUACUACACAGCUUCACCCUUUGGGCACUCCUGGCUCUGUUUACCAGCUCAGCCUCAGCCACAAGUCUCCCAGGUUACGGACUGAACUUAUAUGAUCCUCUCUGCGCCGAGUCAUGUGUUCGAUCCUUUGCUCUUCUGAAGCUUCCAUGCUCCAUUGUCAGCCCUGGCGUGCACAAACGGGCCACACAUUCACCAGUCUUCACUCCACCGAGUUGCAAAGCCAACAAUGAAGCAUUCCUGACAUCCGUGGCAUUAUGCUUCAGCGCCAAGUGUUCUGAGGAGAAGAUGUCCAAGCUUGAAGGCUUUUGGGAGGAGUCAGUCACUGGCACUAAGCAUGUCCCUGCAAAGUGGACUUAUAGCGAGGCCCUUGCUGAGGUUCAAGAGAACCCGGCCAAAUAUCAGCUCAAGCCUACAGACUUUUCUCUCAAUGAGACAUCAAUAGUUGAGCCUACGGCUUAUCUAAAGCAGUGGAAUCAGCUUGGAGGAUACAGGAAUGAAAUGAUUAUCGAGUCAAGAUAUAGCAUCACCCUUGUCGUCCUUGCACUCGGUCUACCAAUCGUCAUUACAUGGCUAGGCUACAUGCCUUACAUCCCAACAAUAUACGACAAACUCAAGCCAUACAUGCUCUACCCCAGCACGAUUGGCACCUACUCUGUCCGGCCUCUACCUUUCAAGCUCGGCAACGUUCCCAACAUCGGCCAAGCACUCUUUAUCAUCAUCUUUGUCUCUCUCACUGUCGUCUUCACCGCCAUCGACUACGACGUCCGUCAGCCUAAUGCCCGUUUCGACAGCACUAGACGCGAGCAGUUGGCUUACCUCGUGUACCGUACUGGAUCGUUCGCAUAUGCCCUCCUCCCAGUGAUUGUUCUCUUCCCCUCGAGAAACAACAUCCUCCUCUCACUAUCCAACUGGUCACGUUCAACUUUUAUCCUACUUCACCGCUGGGUCGGAAGAAUUUUUACGCUUCUUGCUGUUCUUCAUGCCAUAUUUGCUUUGGCUGGUUCCAAGACUCUGGGUUCUGCUGAUUGGAGACGAUGGGGUUCUACUACCGUUAUCCUCUCGGUUAUCACUACUUUUGGAAGCGGUCUAUACUUCCGAAAAGCCAACUAUGAGCUCUUCUUAUUGAUGCACGUCAUCUUGGCCGUUUUUAUCGUCGUCGGAUGCUGGUACCAUCUCAUCAAGCGUUAUGAAGCUAUCGGCCUUGACUUUCCAAACCACUCAUAUGGUCAGGAAAUUUGGCUAUACAUGGCAUGCGCCAUCUGGUUCUUUGAGCGUUUUGUCCGAAUCAUUCGUGUUGUCAGACUGGGUAUUCUAAGAUCCAAGGUCAAAGAUAUCGGAUCUGGUUACGUCCGUAUCGAUAUCCCUAAUGUCCGCUGGGGAUUGGAUCCCGGCAAGCACGUCUUUGUCUAUUUCCCAACUCUCGCUCCAUUUCGACCCUGGGAGAACCAUCCUUUCUCAGUCAUUCCUACAGUUGCCCUUCGAAGUCACGGAUCGGCUUCCUCCCCUACCUCUCCGAUCUCACCAGGCGGAUCUUCUGGUCUCGAAGACAUGGAGAAGUCGGUGGCACAAAUUGGAUCCAGAAGCAUUUUACCUUCCGCAGAGAACUCGGCUGGAGUGACUCUCUUCGUCAAAAAGUCAGCCGGUAUCACAAGGCACCUACGAAGUCACGACAGGCUUUUUACCUUCCUUGAAGGUCCUUACCCGGGUAACGACACUACUCAGAUCCUUCGUUGCGAUAGACUUCUCCUGAUCGCGGGCGGAGUUGGCAUCACAAGUGUUUUCGCUCUAGCUCACAGCCACUGGAACGUCAAGCUAGCAUGGUCAGUCAAGGAUGAAGCGCGCUGUCUCGUCAACGAACUGGAACCAGCUAUGGAUGCCAUCAGCACGGCACAGGUGGAUGUGAGAAUAGGCUCACGGUUUAACGUGACCGCAUUGAUUGAUGAGGAGGCUUCUCGAGGAUGGGAAAGAGUCGGAAUCGUGGUGUCAGGACCAGGAUCGCUUUGUGAUGAGGUGCGAGCGGUCGUGGCAGGUAUAGCACGGAACUCUCAGACUGUUUUUGAACUUGAGGUGGAUGCAUACUCUUGGUAG